AUGGCAACGCACGAUUUUUCAAUUGAAUACUUGGCAAUGUCGUUGCUUGCUCGGUUGGAUCGGAAGAAUAUUUUUCCGCCAAAAUAUGAUGACGUUGAAUCAUUCGUUCCUGUUCCUUCAAACAAUUCAUCAUCAACUCGACCAAAAAGACCUCCCAACGCAUUUUUAAUAUGCCGCAAAAAUGUUCAGCUAGAGUCAAAACGCAAAGGAUCUCACAACAUGCGCGUAAUAAGCAAAGUUACAAGUAUCUUAUGGAGGAAUGCCACAGAUUCGGAGAAAAGUGUUUAUAAAAAUUUAUUUGAUCGGGUUUAUGAGAUUCAUUCUAUGAGAAAUUCUUCUUCUAAUAGACAAUUACCAAUGGUUUCCCCAACUUCAGAUGUGAUUUGUCAGCCUUCGCCUUUUUAUCCUCAUAUAACUACUUCAAAUUCCCCAUGUUUUUUUGAAUUAGAGAAUAAUUGUCAUUCAAAUAAUCAAUUAACUACCUAUGACCUUAAUUAUUUUAAUUAUUUUAAAUAUUUCAUGGAUUCAAAUAAUCAAAUCGUUAUUUUUUAUGAUGACGAUGAACAAAAUCAAUUAUCAUUAUUAUCGCUUAAUAAUUUUGUAACUUCACAGGAAAAUUACAUUUAA